AUGCUUCAGAGAACAUCAGAAGACUUUUUUCCAAAGAUGGAAAGUUCAGCUGAAGAGAUGGAUACCUCUGAUAGCCAGUGGGGCUGGUUUUAUUUGGCCGAGUGUGGUAAAUGGCAUAUGUUUCAGACUGAUUCAAACAGUCAUUGCUCUGUUAGCAGCGAAGAUAUUGAAAGGAGCUUCCGAGCAAACCCACAUGGUUCUGUUUCUUUUACUACUGCAAAAUUUAACUACACGCUAGACUUUUCAGCAAUGAAACAAACCAACCUAACCACCCUUAAGCAACGUCCAAUAAAGCGAGCUCCCUUUUCUGUCAGUGCUUUCAGUUUCAUCUGUGAAAAUGAGGCUAUCCCUAUGCCUUCACACUGGGAGAAUGUAAAUACUGAGGAGCCAUAUCAGCUUAUUCCCUUGCAAAAGAAAACAAAUGAAUAUAAUGAAGUUUCUAGUCUCUUUGGAAAAACAAUGGAUAGCCACCGAAUUAAAAGAAUUAAGAGAAUACAAAAUCUAGACUUGUGGGAGUUUUUUUGCAGGAAAAAAGCUCAGCUAAAGAAGAAAAGAGGUGUCCCAACUAUUAACGAGCAGAUGUUAUUUCAUGGCACCAGUAAUGAAUUUGUAGAAGCAAUAUGCAUUCAUAACUUUGACUGGAGAAUAAAUGGGAUGCAUGCUGCUGUAUAUGGAAAAGGGACCUAUUUCGCAAGAGAUGCAUCGUAUUCCAGUCGUUUCUGCAAAGAGGACAUGAAGCACGGAGAUACUUUUCAGAUUCAUGGUGUGAAUCUGCAGCCUCAUCUGCAUAGACCAGAUAAAGUCAUGUUCCUAGCUCGUGUAUUAACUGGUGACUAUAUCAAUGGUGAUUCAAAAUACAUGAGGCCUCCUUCAAAAGAUGGAAGUUUUGUGAACUUGUAUGACAGCUGUGUGGAUAAUACCUGGAACCCAAAGAUCUUUGUUAUCUUUGAUGCCAACCAGAUCUACCCCGAGUACUUAAUAGAAUUUUGUUAAGUCUAAAAGGAACUGAACUGAAUAUUGUUUGUGUCUUUUUUGAUACUUUUGUUCCCUUUGUAAAGACAACAACACAAAAACAUGAAGCGUGAAAGGAGAGAGGUGAAAGAAAAGCUAGC